AUGCGGGGGCGGAUCUUGGGGAUUCUUCUCGGAAUCCCAAACAGCACCACGAUGGAGCCGUGGAUCCACGUCAACCAGCUGAGGCGCCACUCGGACGUUUUGCCAACCUGGGACCCGAGGCUCGCCGCGGACGCUGGCAUCCUGCACUUCGCCGCGGGUGCCGCCCUCGACGUCGGCGCGUCCGCGGGAUUCCAGGCCUGGCCGCACACCUACUGCGCGGCGCCAGUGGUCGACAACUCGACCGGCGAUGCCGGCGAUGCCGACCCCGUCGGGUUCUUCGCGGUGGGCGUGGACUGCUGUGACAGGCGCGGCGGUUUCACGUGCGACGGGCUCCCCGAGGACCCAGACGUGCGAACGGCGGUGCGCGUCAGCCCCCACGGGCCGAGGGACUUCUGGUCGUGGCAGCAGGCGGGCGCCAACUUCCGGCGCGCGGCGCUCAUGUCGGCUGCCGCCAACGGGAGGGAGGUGAGGGAGCCGGUCGUGCUCCUCAUCUGGACGAAGGAUCCGGGCUCAUUGGCGAACACUGCUUGGUGGACAGCCACGGGCGCUUUUCUCGGCAGCAUCGUGGUCGCGGCUCUAUGGUGCACGCUCGGAACUUGGAAGUUAUGGACGGACAGCAGGGAUAGCGAUCCAGAUAGGAAUUGA